CGAAAACAACCGCUGAAUGAAGCGUGCCGAGAAGAAGCUGAAAGGAGCGAGAGAGAUUCAGCUGGAGGCAUUUUGCACUGUUUGACUCUCCACACGUGCCCGGGUGAGUAAGUGAGGUCAUCGGCGCGUCGAUCGCACCGCGUUUCAUUUCCCUGGUGGAUUGAUUGAAUCGGGAUCGAUUAUCUCGACCCCAUGUCAUGAUUAGGUCGCUAUCCACUUCUAUCCUCCGACAGUUAUUUUCCUGGUCGUUUACCGCUCAGCAAAUCCAUGUUUAUUCCGCCUAUACCUGCGACAGGUUGUGUGAAGUCGGUUCGGGUCCUCUGAGAGAAGAUCUCGGUCCAUUCUUCAAUCGUCCUUUUCGAUGAUGGGGAUCCAUGAUGAGAGUGGCUCACAGUCCGUGUCUCGGAAACGACCGAAUUUUUCGACGCGGGCGGCCGCAGAGGAUGAGUCCCGACUGGCUCCCAGCGACUCCGCGCAUGCCUCCCCCGAGGAGAACUUUCGGUUCCCCAACUGGAGGACGGCUUUCGCUCGACCAUACGAACCGGUGGGUUCAUCUCGCCAUCCGGCGGGUCACCGUCAUUCGCUUCCGUCAAAUUUUUGGGGGCAGGUUUCACGAUGGUGGGAUUGGUCGACCAGCGACAGGGGAUCCAACGAGACGAGUGAUAGGGAUAGAGUUCGUGCAAACGGACCGCCAGGGCCGCUCCGAGAUGCCAGCGUGAACCCAAAGGAGCGAAACGACCAGCGAGGCCGCGGUUCGGAUGGUGUGGACAAGCUGGGGACUUUCUCUGGCGUGUUCGUCCCCACGACCCUGAAUGUCCUGAGCAUUCUGAUGUUCUUGCGGUUCGGCUUUGUUUUGGGACAGGCAGGCGUCCUGGGAAUCUUGGGCUUGCUCAUCAUCUCGUAUACGAUCAAUUUGGUGACCACCAUGUCCCUGUCGGCGAUCGCGACCAACGGAACGGUUCGAGGAGGUGGUGCCUACUACCUGAUUUCUCGGUCAUUAGGGCCGGAGUUCGGGGGCUCGAUUGGCAUCGUAUUCUACCUGGGUUACGUGCUGAACACCGGCAUGAACGCUGUCGGUCUUGUGGAUUGCUUCACGCAGAACUUUGGAACCGAAUCCGGUACAUGGGCCAACUUCCUCCAGGAAGGCUUUCUCUGGCAGUACCUCUGGAGUACCAUUGUCCUGGUCCUGUGCACGGGGAUUUGCUUGGCCGGUAGCUCCAUGUUUUCACGGGCCAGCAAUGGACUGUUGAUUGUCCUGUUGGUGGCGACACUGAGCAUCCCGGUGUCCGCCAUCUUCAUGCAGCCUUUUAGCAUCCCGAAGCUUGGGGUCCAUUUUACGGGGAUACGCCUACGAACAUUGGUGGAUAACCUCAAGCCGAGGCUCACCAAGGGGGCGGCGGGAAGCCAACGAGAGGGGAGAGAAAACUUCCAGGACCUCUUUGGGAUUUUGUUCCCCGCUACCGGGGGUAUCUUCGCUGGAGCCAGUAUGUCUGGUGAUUUGAAGAACCCUAGCAAAUCAAUACCCAAGGGGACGCUUUCGGGGCUAGCCCUUACAUUUAUCAUGUAUACCAUUGUAAUCCUUGCAAUGGCUGCGUCGAUUACGCGGGAGUCAUUUUAUAAAAAUGCGAAUAUUGUGCAAGUGGCCAAUCUUUCUGGGGUGCUCAUCCUGCUGGGGGAGUUCGCGACCUCCUUUUUCUCCUCCCUGAUGGGUGUCAUUGGCUCCGCGAAGUUGCUGCAAGCCAUCGCACGAGACAGCUUGCUCCCUGGCCUAAAGGUCUUCGGCAAAGGGACGGAGAAGCAUGAUGAGCCCGUAUACGCGAUCAUCGUCACGUUCGUGGUGGCCCAGCUCACGAUGCUUUUUGACAUCAAUCAAAUUGCAUCCUUUGUUACCAUGACGUAUCUGAUGACUUUCUUGGUAACUAACCUCGCCUGCUUUCUCCUGAAGGUCGGAUCUGCCCCCAAUUUCAGACCGUCUUUCCACUACUUCAAAUGGCAGGGUGCAGCGGCUGGCACGCUGGUGUGUGGGGCGAGCAUGUUCUUCGUGGACGGCGUGUAUGCCACCGGCUGUGUGGGAAUUUUGAUAGUGCUUUUCCUUCUGAUUCACUAUACCUCGCCCCCCAAGCCAUGGGGUGAUGUCAGCCAGAGUUUGAUCUACCACCAAGUGCGCAAAUACCUGCUGCGCCUGAAGCAGGAGCACGUCAAGUUCUGGCGCCCGCAGAUUCUACUUCUAGUGACCAACAUUGACGACCAAUUCAAGAUGGUGUCCUUUUGCAACUCCCUGAAGAAGGGAGCUUUGUUCAUGCUCGGCCACGUGGUCGUGACGGAUGAUUUCUCUGCGGCGGUGCCCGAAGCGCGUCGACUGCAAACAUCGUGGACCAGAUUUGUCGAGAAUUUGAAAGUCAAGGCUUUUGUCAAUAUCGCUGUGGCUCCGACCGCCGAGUGGGGGGUCCGGAACAUGGUUUUGAAUUCGGGCCUGGGAGGCAUGCGACCCAACAUUGUGGUCAUCGAUCAGUACCGCCAAGGCCAGUCAUUGGGACAAGAUCUCCAGCUCUCGGGUCGUCGAAGAGAGUCGUCUGUAGGCAGAAGGAGCUGGCGGGAUUGCACCCCGGAGACCCCUGGGCACGACGCACCUGAACCUCAGAUAAACUGCCAAAGCUACGUGACGAUUCUGGAAGAUCUCCUGUUCAAGUUACGUAUCAACGUCGCCGUGGCCAAGGGAUUCGAAGACCUCGAGCUACCCGGUCCAAAAGGACAGCACAUGAAGAAAUACAUCGAUCUGUGGCCUAUUCAAAUGUCUGCGGACCUGGGGGCCGACCACGAAAGCAAAAAGAAUGUCUUGACUACGAAUUUCGACACAUACACUCUGAUCCUCCAGCUGGGCUGCAUCCUCAACACGGUGCCGUCCUGGAAGAAAAUGUACAAGCUGCGCGUGGCGGUCUUUGUCGAGUACGAGACAGACGUGGACGACGAGCGAGGACGAGUCGAGGCUCUCCUCGAAAAACUCCGGAUCGAGGCCGAGGUACUGGUGUUCUGGCUUGCAUGCGGCGAAAUCAUGGCAUACCGAGUGAUUGUCAAUGGUGAUCUCACCCCAGAGUCGGAUCGAAUGCGGGACCGGGUUCAUGGAGCCUUGAAAGACGAAGAUUGGUGGCAGGACCUCCUCGAGGCCCGCAAAGGCUCACCCGAGCGCUAUAGGCAACACCAACCGCGCUGGAGUGGACUGCUCUCUGACAGACCCCCUAGCUGGCAUGGCCCUUCCAGCCUGGAAAGCAAAAACAAAGCAGCUAGCCAGCUGCCCGAUGAGCUGAAGCGCAUCAUUCAUGGUGACCGGCGCCGACGUUCCAUAUCCAGUCACAAGGGACUCGGGAGCGUCAACCUGGGCAUGCAGACACAUCGUCUACUCGAUGCGUUCGUGGACUACGAUGAAAUCGACAGCAAUGGCAGCAGCGACAGCAGCGAGGAUAAUGAUUUUGAGCCCUACGUCAGCGACAGCGAGGAAGAAAGCGCCAAAGAUGCAGGAAGCACCCCACCCGAGCCUCUUCCGCAACCAAGCCCACCGGCACAACCAAGUCCCUCAAACGAACCGCGCGAAGAAGAGGCGUCUCCGCGAGCAGACAUCCCAACAAUCAUCACCACCGGCGAAGACGCCUCCCCCAAAAGUCCACCCGUCUCUCCACACUCCCGGCCCAAAAUCCACCGCUCACCCUCCUCCACCAACCGCUUCAGCUCGUCGCCAAUCCCAGAAGCCCACGUGAACACGGAAUCCGAAGAAAACGCCGGUCCAUCAAUCAUGUUCGCCGCCAGCUCCUCGCCACCUCGGCCCUCAACCCGCAAACGGGCCGACUCGAUCUACGCGCGGCGGUCCUCAUCCAGCCCAUCCACAGCAUCAGCAUCCGCAUCCGCAUCGGGCUACCCCCGCCAAGCAUCGAUACCCCUCUCCUUCAAUGACCUCCCCAGCCGAGCACAGCAUCUGAUCCUCAACGAGCUGAUGGCGACGCACAGCGCCGACACGGCCGUCAUUUUCACAACGCUUCCGUCGCCGCUGGAGGGCACUGCCAGCAGUGAGUCAGCGAGUGCGUCGUAUCUGAGUGAUUUGGACGUGCUUUGGCAGGACUUGCCGCCUUGUUUGUUGGUGCAUAGUAACAGCAUGACAGUGACGAUGAAUCUCUGAUGGGAUAUCUGAUGAUGUGAUGAUUUUGUUUAGAGAUGUGAUUUGCGAUUUGCUACUUACUUUUCGUUUACAUAUAUGUCGUGCUGGAUGCAGAUAUCGUAGAGGCAAGUAUAUACUUUUUGUGUUUCGGUGGUAUAUAUACUCGACGCCGUUUAGCGUUGAUGUUUGAUAUAGAAUUUUGAUUUAGUGUAA